AUGUUUGCGUCCCCGAGCUUACGCUCUAAAAAGAUGAUUAAACUACCCAACGGUGCGCUGUCUGCUGAUGUCGAGCUGAAUUGGGAAGUAGUGUUAGCGGCAACUGUAAAAAGUGAUAAGCCCGCAUCACAAGACGAAGGAAGCCGAGAACUUGGUGUUGAGAUAGACAUGCUCAAGGGUGAAGCUGUGAUACUCGACAAAAAGAAGUUCAUGAAACGUACUCUGUACGAUACCAUGGAGAGCGUAAACACGGUGGAGGGGUUUUCCAUUCUUGCGCUAAGUGCCAUUAUGUCGCAGGGCAGGCGUGAGCAGGUUAAUAGAGAAAGACAGGGUGUGUCAACGAACGGUGGUCCUAUGAACGACGAUGUACAGAGAUUCAUGGAGGAUGUGCCUGGCCCGGAGUCUGGAGGGGCUAAGCAGUUUUUGUAUGAACGGGAGGUCAUAGAGGCGUCCAUGGGGGCAAUGGAUGUGAGUGACACUGCCAGCACUUUCACAGAGUUUCAGAAUCAAG